AUGGAGGAAUUAACGGAUGAUCCAGAAGAUAUCACUGGGACGCAAAUUCCUGUUGAUAAAACUGAUGAUCUUAUCCAAGGCCCAUCAACGUCACAAAUCGACGAAACUUCGAAUGAAUCCGCCACGUCGUCGGGAAAAAUUUCCAACCCGUCGGAGCCGUUAAGGUGUGAAACCUGCUGCGAAAUGGCGGUUUUGAAAGUGUAUAAACAGAAGCAGCUCCCAAACGGAGGAAAAAUUGAGGACAUCUUUAAAAACUACUGCAAUAAAUGCGAAUUUCACUUUGGAAUGUGCUCGAAGAAGGUGCGAGGAGUGUACUCGUAUGUUACUGAAGAAGGUAGAAUACUAACAAAUGCCGAAAAGCUGGAAUAUUUCCGUUCCGAGAAGCGAAAACGAUCGAGUUCUCGUCCGAUCGAAGAGAAAUCGCCUCCUCCUGAACUGAAAGCGAGUAGUUCUGAAAUUUCGACGUCUUCUAAUGGGUCUGGAAGUUCCGAGGAAAAAGACGAAGGGAUAGAAGACAUAGGAGAUGAGGCUGAAGAGGCUCCAGAAUCUCCUCCAGAAUCUUCCGGAGCUCCAGAGGGCGUCCUCGUCGAGCCUCAACCCAAAGUUCGGCCGCCUCGAAAGAAAGCAAAAAAGCCUUUGUUUGGUGGAAAACGACCGAAAACCAACUGGUCGUCGUCAAAAAAGAAGAAAUCAACGACGACUUCUGAUUCAGUAGCACCAGUGAGAAGGGUCACGCCCCCAAAAAAGGCGGAGCCAAAGGUCAAGAAAGAAGACGUUAAAAAGGGGCGGGGUCGACCACCACCGAAGUCUCAGAAUUCACAAAAAGAUAUUCCAUCAACGUCUUCUGCGUCUUCUUCUUCCUCAGUUUUCAUGCAAAGACCCCUUCUGAAACCAAUCAGUACGGAGAGUUCAAGUUGUCAGACUGAUUUGGAUAUGCUUCUGAAAUCCACGUAUCUCCAGGAUGCAUACAAUGAGACUAUGCGGGAAGGGCUCGGGGAGCAGAUCUCAGCGAGGCUCAAAGAUCAGCCAUUGAUACUUAGAAAACAGUACUUUUUGAUGCUGAAAACUAUACAAGCACAAGCGAAAGAUAUCGCACAGUACAGAGAACUCGAGCAGAAAUAUAAGAAGGCGGUUGAGCAUUUGCAGGCGUUUGGUAGAGCUACCCGGAUGAAUUUCAGCGAUGAGUUGAGAAGUCUUCGAGCGGAUAUGGUGGAGAGAAAGAAAGAGUUCCAGGAUCACGAGACAGAGAUGGUUUCGAUGUUUCUAAGGGAGAAGAAGAAAUAUGACGCUUAUAAAGAGCAAAUGUCUCAAAAGUAUGAGGAUCAACAGCUAGAAUACUCACUGUUAGAAGCGAAAUAUCAGCAUUUGGAGCAAGAGAAUGUGUAUGAGAAGGAGAGAGCAGAGUACUUCUUACAGCAAAUGGAUCGGGCGAAGAGUAAGAUUUACUCGGCGGAAGAGAGGGCGAACACAUCGGAAAGGAAGCUGAAAGACCGCUUAUUCCUGGCGAAUAAUGAGCGAUGCACAGGAUGUGACGCUCGGGAAUCGAUUCGAACGAAACUGAUGGGAGAGUAUGCUGAUAUGAAGGUGGAGGUGGAAAUUGCAAAGGCUGAAAAAGAGGAGGCGUUGAAGAAGGCGGCGUUGUUUGAGACGGCUGCGAUGAAUUUGGGAAAGGAUUGCGAUGCGAUGAAGUAUGAGAGUAAUACGUGGAAAGCCUAUGCGGAGAGAUAUAAAAAGGAUGUUCAGAAGUUGCAGCAGAUUAUUAAAGAAAAAGAAAAAGAACUCGCCGACAAAGCUGCGGAGACCCCUAGAAGCAUAGCAACCCCCAAAAGUGUCGCGUUGACUCCAAUCUAUCCAGAACGAAUAACACCUCCAGAAGACGGUGAACUACCUGCCACUCCACCACAAGGAUCCGCAACUCCGACGGCUUCAAAACCAGUUGAGAAACCAGUUGAGAAGACAUUGUCCCAAAAAGUCAUCGAGAAGAAAGCGCCGCCCCCGAUAGCUUCAGGUUUCGAGUCGUGGAUACCAAAAGAGAAAUUGAAUGCGCCGCCACCAGAGAUACCGAAAGCGGUGUCAGCAUUUGGAGUUCCUAUAAAAACGCCACAACAGAAAGAAGCGGAACGACCGAAACUCGCACCGUCGACACAGCCGCUUCCAUGGGAAACGAUGGCGAAGACUGUGAAGACGUCGGAUUCGUUGGCUGAAGCGUUGUCACGGGCACAAGCUGAUGCGUUUUCUGGGAACGGAAACACCCCGGUGCACGCGUCAAAAUCGUAUUUGGAGGAGAUGAAUCGGAUGGUUAAUGUGAGGAAGAGAGUGGGAGAAGAGGUGGAGAAAAAAUCCACGAAACCAUCUUCAUCUCCAGCACCCGCACCAAAAAAACCGAAACCAGCUGGCUCAUCAACUCCACUUCCUCUACCCUCCCAUCCUCCUGUUCCUCCUCCUGCCGCCGCAACUCCCAAAUACAAUUCACCAGGAGGAUCCUCUACACCUUCUCAAAAAUCAUCACAGGGUGGUGUCGGAAGUCUAUCAAAUCUCCGAAAGAUCCCAAAGCUCAGCGAGAAACCACCACAACCGGAAUUCGCACCGGCGCUUGGUUUGAGUGAUAAGAGUAAAUCGGAGGAUUCGAUACCUGGACUUGGAAUGGAUAAAUUGGAUGAGAAGACGAAAGAGAAGGAGAGAGAAGAGUUGAUGAAAAUUAAGCCGGCGGUGAUUCCAGCUCAGAAAUCUCUGGAGAAACCGGUUGCUCAGGAUAAGAAACAGGAAAAGAAUCCGCCGCCACCGACACCGAAAACCACAAAAUCUCUACCAAAUCAACAACAACAGACUCCGCCCAAAAAGAAGAAUCGAAAACGUCCCGAUUGGCAUAAAAGGAAUGCGGACAACUCGCCGCCGCUGAAUCCGUGGAGACAACAACCUUCUUCUUCUCAGCAAUACGGAAUACAGACGAAUCAACAGAGAGGAUACCAGAUGGAUAUGAGUCUCGAUAGGCCGUGGAGUGAUUCGGGACCACCGCAGAGGAAUGCGGGGAGACCACCGAAUGAAAGCUUCACCUCACCUCUCCCGUGGCAUCGUGACAAUCGUGCGCCGCCCGUCCCAAUGCAAGACACUCCGUUCGGCAAGGUGCCAAUUCAAGAUUUUGCUCAACGACAAAUGCUAUACCGUCCUGCUCCACAACAACCACCACAACACCAACCGCCAUCAUUCUACCCUCCUCCACAACACCGUGAUAAUAAUUUCUAUUCAUCCCGCGACUUUUCACCUCCUAAUCAUCACCAACAUCAUCCACAACCUAGAAUGUUCUCACCACCGCCGUUCGGCUAUUCCAGUCAACCCCCAAAUAAUAACGGGAAUCCCAGAUCGUUUUACAGCUAG